AUGGAGAAAAGCCAAGAAGAGGAAUACCCUUUUCCCCAAAAAAAACCACAAUCACAUAGAUCAAACCUUACCAAAGUCGUGAGAAACAAGAUUGCCACUGAUCUCCUUGUUUGGGAAUAUUUUCCAGGAGACGAACGCGCCACGGAACCAGACUAUUUUGUAGUCCUCGAUGUUGUCAUCAUCACCGGCGAAGCGGAAAUUGUGAAUAGUGCUGUCGUCUGUAUUGUACACAAUAAUUAUGCGAGAAUUAGCUUUCCUUCUGUCUAUGAGUUUCGUCCCAGUGAACAUCACAGCAUCAUUCAUCUCAUAGUUAUCAUGCCGCGAGUCAGCAACGAUCUUGGCCUCGUCUCCUUGGAUGAACACGAGGAUGUGCUGUACAGCCAUGUGCUUCUCGAAGUCACACUUAUGGCGGCAGUCGUUGGAGCCGCUUGUGUAGUUGUGGUCCAGCUCUUCGGCAACGUUACCGCUAGUGUCGAUAGCGUGGGUGUUGUAUCAACUGUCUAUGUCGAAGUCGAGGGGGAGCAGCCAGUUCAGGUCGCGUUCGGUGGCUCGUUAGGGAAGUGCAGCAGGAGGAUCACGUGCUCAUGCCAGGCCGAUGAGGUUCAUCAUCAGAGGAUAACCCAAAAUAUAAAUAAUACAACUAGAAUUGGCGUGCUUCAAAUAGGAAAGACCUUGAGUUCUUCAUAA